AAUAACUCCAGGAGGCAGCGAACAAGAACAGCAAACAAGUUGUAGAAGACUCUCUCUGGCCAGCAAUUGUAGUUUUUAUAGGUGGGGUGCUGGUGGUUUUCCCGGUCAGAGACUGGGACGGCAACGUCUGGUAGCAGGCACUAACGAAAAGGCUGCACUGGGGCCGCAUGAUGAUGAACAGACAGCCACUUUUUUUGGGCAACCUGAUCCCGGCAACGACAAUUCCGAGGAAGAAGACGAUCCGGCUUUUGAUCGCAUUCAGUGG